GCAGUCUUUAGCAAAUAAUUGUUUUUAAUAUACCUUUAUGAGAUGUUGCUGAUGAGACUUCUGUAAGUGAUGUGGGAAAUACUUUAUAAGAGUAUUUUAAAAUGUUAUUACCUCAUGAAAAGAACUUUUAAACUCUGUGCCUUACUGUAUUGAGUUUAUCUCAAUGUUAUGAAAUAUAUGUAGGUAGGACCAUUUCUGCACCAGAGUGCUGUAUAUCUGAAACGACUGGCUGUUACUUGGUCUUCAGCGUUCUUCGAAAGUGUGAGCCAGCACAGCCAAGAGUUUGAACUGGAUUAGGCGUUAACUUGUGCGUUACCAGGAUGGUUCGUCAUGUUCCAUUACUGGGGAUUCCGUGUUACUGGUGAUGGGUGAGCCUGAAAAAACACGGCCUGACUUGCAUGUCCCAGGCUCCUUUUUAACGUGCUGCCUUGAAGACAAAAGGUUCUGGCUGAUCAGGAGUCCCUAUUAAUAAUUCAAGAAGAAUGGAAGGUGUGGAGUUUAAGGAAGAAUGGCAAGAUGAAGAUUUUCCAAGGCCCUUGCCAGAGGAUGAUCCUGUUGAAUCAGAUAUAUUGGCUGAGGCUGGAAGAGAAGGUGAAACUGAAGUUAAUGGAAACAAAGUGAGGAAGAAACUAAUGGCACCAGAUAUUAGCUUAACUUUGGAUCACAGUGAGGAAUCUGUUUUGUCUGAUGACUUGGAUGAGAGUGGAGAGAUUGAUUUGGAUGAUUUGGAUACUCCCUCAGAGAACAGUAAUGAAUUUGAAUGGGAAGAUGAUCUUCCAAAACCAAAAACUACUGAUGUAAUUAGAAAAGGAUCGCUUACGGAAUACACUGCAGCAGAGGAGAAAGAUGAUGGUCGACGCUGGCGUAUGUUUAGGAUUGGAGAACAGGACCAUAGGGUGGACAUGAAGGCAAUUGAACCAUACAAAAAAGUUAUCAGUCAUGGUGGUUAUUAUGGUGAUGGGUUAAAUGCCAUUGUUGUGUUUGCUGUUUGCUUUAUGCCAGAAAGCAGUCAGCCUAACUACAGAUAUCUAAUGGACAAUCUAUUUAAGUAUGUAAUUGGCACUUUAGAGCUAUUAGUAGCGGAGAACUAUAUGAUAGUUUACUUGAACGGUGCGACAACGCGAAGAAAAAUGCCAAGUUUAGGGUGGCUCAGGAAAUGUUACCAGCAAAUUGACAGAAGGUUAAGGAAAAAUCUGAAAUCAUUAAUAAUAGUUCAUCCUUCUUGGUUCAUCAGAACGCUUCUGGCCAUCACUAAACCUUUUAUUAGCUCAAAAUUCAGCCAAAAAAUCAGAUAUGUCUUUACGUUGGCAGAACUAGCUGAACUCGUCCCCAUGGAAUACGUUGGCAUCCCAGAGUGCAUAAAACAGUAUGAAGAAGAAAAGUUUAGAAAGAAACAGAAAAGCAGAAUUGACCAGGAGCUGAAUGGGAAACAAGCAGAAAAAUGAACAGUAAGUUUGGAAUCCAAACAGGACAGAAGAAUAUGCAGAUGGAAUGAUUCCAUUCUUUUCUCCAUUUACAAUGCAUUCAUUAAUGUGUGUGUGUAUAUAUAUAUUAUAUAACCUGUUACAAAAGGUGCUUAAUUUCUUUGAACUAGCACACAAUGGACUGUUCACUGCUGUAUUGGUUUAAGUCUUGACUUUAAUAGCUACCUUUAUAUGUAAUCAUUUUAUACUGCUAAAUGUCAAAGAACCUUAUGUUUUUAGAGGACAUUCUUGCAAUUGUUUAUCUAAAUGAUGCAUGUUCUUCAGUAAAAUAUUUAUAUACCUAAAUGUUAAAGGAAAGAGAUAAUAUAUAUUUUUAUGACUCUUAGCAACAUAAUGUGUACCUGCAAAAGGAAUUAACUCGCAGGUAGGUAAGGUCAUAAAUGACUGCUGUCAUUACUGUACAAAGUGCAUGAUUUGUGUUGCUGUAAAUGGUCAAAUGCAUUUCUUGGUGGUUGUAGAAACCUUAUCUUUUUGGAUGUUAAAAAUCACAUAACGUAGUCCUUCAAGUGUGGAGAUGCUUGGUUUUGUUCACAUUUCUAAUACAAGCAUAACUCAUUUACCUUGCUUAGAGUGAGCUUGGACUUUGGUAUCUUUUAGUCCAUUUCUCAGAACUGUAGUUCUGUGAACUUCAGUCUGUUGGCCAAAGGGUUUACUGCCAAGCCACGCGGGGAACUGAACUCUUCAGAUCACUAAUAGGAUAUCAGAUCUUUCUCCAUUUAAGCUGCAAAUGCAGAUUCUGCUUCAGUAAAUCAAGGCUAUUGCUGGUUCAGUUAUGAGUAUGAAAUGAGUCCAGUCCAGUUCUUCCUGGAUGAGUAUCAGUUGUCAGCCACAGAAACUCUGGUCGUUUUCAGUAGAGCUCGGAAGAUGCACAGAUACAAUUCUAACCAUAGUAUCAGUUGUCUGCACAGGUAAAAUUUAGACAUCUUGCAGAGAUAUGGGGAAUCUUUAAAUGCCUGUGUCAUCUUUGUGGAUGAAGCAUACAUUUCUAAAGCUAUCAGUUUGGCACCUUUUACUGGCACUAACUUCACUAUAAAAAACAAAAAAAUAAAUGUGAUUUAAAGGGGGGUUCUGAUAAUAGCUGUAAACGUGUCUAGAAGAGGUGUUCUUGGAUGCAUCAACCAGCGUUUAUAGGUUUAUCAGGGCAAGAGAAUUAUGCACUGUUUAUGAAUGUUCGUAGAACCUAUUUGAUAAUCAUUGCUAUUUCCCUGUAAGAACUGGUGUACACAAGUGACUCCAUUCAAGAGCUGAACAGUUUAAUAUUGAAGCAAAUGUAUUAAAUAUCUUAAUUUUUGUUUUUUA